AUGCUGGUGUCUAUGGUGAUGCCGGGGUCCAAGGGCGGCCUCAACGCGGAGCCGACCAAACCGGCUCGGAUCGAGUUCCGACUGGACGAGCCGGUCACCGUGCCCAGGAAACUGCGGGCGGCCUCCGCGGAGGGGGCCAUUCUGAUCCCGGGCGUGGGGGACGUCUACUCCAGUCUGACCGCCGAGGAGCCGACCGCCGAGGACCGGGCGGAGACUCAGUCCCGGCCGCCGGCCCCUGUGGCGGAGGGCCGGGUGGAGUCGCAGGUGCCGCGGUCGGCGCGCGGCGGCGCGGCGCUGCAGCUGACGGACCUGGAGUGGCCGGCGGCCGGCGGCGGCGCGGCGCCGGCCGGCCCGCCGCCGGAGCCGCUCUCCGACUCGGAGGCCUCGGACGUGCUCGAGGUGGACACGGAGUCUCUGGAGGCGCGCCUGGUGGCCGGCGGCCGGCCGCGCGCCCACCUGGCCUUCGUGCCGCGCGCCGAGCCCGCGCCGCCACCGCCGCGGGAGGAGGAGCGGCGCGGCACCGACCCGUGGGCGGAGGGCGAGUCGCCCUCGGCCGCGGCAGUCGGCAGCGCAGUCGGAGACGAGUCCGACUAUGAAGGGGACUACGAGAGCCUGCCGGUCGAUGUGACCGGGCCGGGGCUCGGGCCGGGUCCGGCUGCCGGUCUGACCCGCUCGGUGGCCUCCUAUGACCUGGCGGGCGGCGCGGCCGGCGCGGCUGGCUGGGAGGGCGCCGGCGCCGAGCAGCCGGCCGACUGGCAGUACCCGGCGCCCGGGGAGGGCGCGGCGGUACCGGACAGGGACCGAGAGGCGGACCACGGACAGCCGGCCUCACUGCCGCCGCUCGCCGGCUACCACGUCCUCAGCCACGGCGAGAUCUACCACAAGGCGGAGCGCCGCCGCUCGCUGCCGGUGACCGCCGGCCCGCCCCCGCCCCCGCCCCCGCCCCCGCCCCCGGCGGAGUCUGCGGCGGAGUCUGCGGCGCUGACGGCCGAGGAGCUGGCUCUGGACGCCUCCAUUCCGACCUACGACGACGUGCGCCGGUUCGGAGAGCCCGCCGACAGCCUCUCCUCGGACGAGGACGACGAGCCGAGCCCGGCCGGCCGGCCGUGGCCACUGGGCGACGCGAGCGCCUGCACACUGAGGGGCCGCGGCCCGGAGCUGCCGGGGGAGCGGGACGGAGGGGGUGGGGAGAUGGAGUGGGGUGAUAGACGUGACAAGAGGAAAGAAGGUGAACAUAGUGACGUUACUGAGCGCAGUGGAGAUAAAAGACUGGUGGUAGAUGCCACUGACGGCGAGGAAGUGUCCCGUGGCGCCGGGGCGGCCGCUGUGACUGGCGCCGGGGCAGCGAGUGAGGGGGAGGGAGGGGACGGCCGCGGGCCGGGAGAGCUCGGCCUGGACGAGAGCGGGGACGUGCUGGAGCGGCCGCACCGACCCGUGCCCGGUGUACAGUGCGAGCGGGACUCUGAGCGGCGACUGCGGCCGGAGCCGGACACCGCCGUAAACUCCGGGCUGCGGCUGGAGCCGGACACCGCCGUAAACUCCGGGCCGCUGCCGGAGCCGGACGCCGCCCCGGAGAUAGAGUACGACGAGGACGAGGACCCCGCCGCCGCCGCCGCCGCCGAGCAGCAGGACCAGGAGGAGGAGCAGGAGGGCGCCGCCGGGCCGCAGGAGUCGCGCUGGAGCCCCGAGGCGGCGUUCCUGGAGGACGACUCGCCGUGGUCGGCGGCCGACGCGCUGGCGCUGCGAGACCGGCUGCGACUCAUCAAUGAGGAGUACGGCGAGGCAGAGGGCGAGGAGGGGCGAGCCGAGCGCGCCGAGCGGCUGCGCCGGCUGAACGACCAGUGGGGGGUGGCGCAGGCGGACGAUCCGGCCGGCGGCCGCUACACGCCCGACUGGGAGCCGGACGACGACGAGGAGGACGGCCUGAGCUCCACCAGCGGCGAGUUCGUCUGGCAGGACGGCGCGGACCGGGCGGCGGCAGAGGCCGGCGCCGGCUCCGACUCUGACUCCGACUCGGGGUCUGACUCGGAGUCAGAGUCGGGAGAGGAGGAGUUUACUCCGAGCGUGUGGCAGCAGGACCUGGAGCCCGGCCACGGCCUGCUCCGGUCGCCCGAGCGCAAAUCGGAUCUGCGGAAGUCUGUGAGUUUCAAGCGUCAGAAGCACCACCGGAUCUACGAGUACCCGGGCGCGCCGGCGACUCCAGAGCUGGCCGCUGAGGAGGCCGCAGCAGCAGCAGCAGCGGCCCAACGGAAAACCUGGUCCUUCGUCGCGCCGGCGGCCGUAACUCACUACACCGACUGGGAGCUGGACGGCGAGGAGAUCGAGGACGUGUCGCUGACGGAGCUGCCCGAGUCGCCGGAGCGGUGCGCGCCCCGGCUGCCGGCCGCCGGCGCCGCCGCCCACUACUUCCUCUCAGCAGAGGGCGACGACGGCGACGAGUUCUACUUGGAGCCUGCGCUCUCGGCGGCCGGCUACACGGGCGGCAGCUCGUUCAGCCCGGCGCAGCUGUUCCAGGGCGCCGAACACGACUGGGGCGCCGCGGCCGAACACGGCUGGGCCGCCGCGCCAGAGGGACGCUUCGUGGACGUGUGGGCGCGCGGGGGCGCCGGCCGCGCCGAGGAGGCCGUCUCGCCGGACGUGGCCGAGCGGCCGCUGGUGGCGGGACCGGACGGCGGUGGCGGAGUGUCAGAGCUGGACAGUGGUGCCGCAGUAUCAGAGGUGGGCCCGGACCGUGAUACCGCAGUGUCAGAGGUGGGUCCGGAUCGUGAUACCGCAGUGGUGGGCCCGGACCGUGAUACCGCAGUGUCAGAGAUGGUCCCGUACCGUGAUACCGCAGUGUCAGAGGCUGGCGAGGACUGUAAUACCGCAGUGUCAGAGGUGGGCCCGGACGACGGUGUCACAGUGUCAGAGGUAGGCCCGGCCGGUGGUGCCGCAGUGUCAGAGGCUGGCGAGGACUGUAAUACCGCAGUGUCAGAGGUGGUCCCGGACCGUGAUACCGCAGUGUCAGAGGUGGCCGCCGGCCCCGGAGAGGAACGGGCGGCGUCCCCCGGACCGGCCGCGGCGGCGCCGGAGCCGGACUGUGACGCAGGGGGUGGACCGUCCGCAGCGGCGGCGGCCGAGCGGACGGCGGAGCGGACGGAGACAACUGCUAAAGUGACAGAGUCGGCUGUCGGCUACACGGGCUCCUGCGACGACCGCACGCUGGCCGCGUUCGCCGCGCUGGCCGCCCGGCCCGAGUGA